CUGUGCACCAUGAGGACGCUGGCUCUCCUCGCUGCCCUUCUCCUGCUGGCCGUCCAGGCCCACAGCGCAACUCUGCCCGAACCAGCGGAGGAGGUCCCAAACCAGAGCCAGCCAGAGGAUUGGGAAAUGGACAUCAGCUUCUCAGGACCUGGAAGUUCUGCUCUCCGAGAUGCAGGUCUAGCUCAGUCCCCCAUGCAGUGCCGCUGCACAUCAGGCUCGUGUGGCAGCAGAGAAUUCCUCUUGGGGAUCUGUUAUGAAGGACCUAGAAUCUUCAACUUCUGCUGCCGCAGAUUGUGAAGAGCAAAAAAAUGAAGGCA